AUGACCCGUACACCAGCCUACCUAAAAUUGAAGAAAAGCUUAAAAGGCAUUGGCCACAAGUUUCGUGAUAAGCGAAACCAAGAUACAGAAGAUUUCUACGAAGUCAGAGUCGGCUGUGUCGGGUGGCCUCGUCAUGGAGGGCCUACCUGUGAUAAUUCCGAUCCCCUUCACAGACACUCCAUCGCGAGAAGUGAGCAACUUGUAGACUCAAUAGGAAGCCACCCAGUUGUUUUCCUCGAAGUCUUAAAAACGAAUGGAGUUCCUACAAGAGUUAAAUGUGCAAAGUUACUAAGUUUCAGCAACAAUCAAGAUUGUCAAUAUACAAUUUUCCAGAAGUCGCAAAACGCGUGGAACAAUAGAAAUGCACAGUUUGACGCUCUCGCAUUACUCCACUUUGUCCCCGACGCCGACCAUGAGAACUCCGAAAUUUGGGGCACAGCAUAUGAACGCCAGGUCAAAAUAAACGAGAUGAAACGUUUUGCAUCUUUCAGAUUUACAGUUGAGAAUCCAUUUAAGAAGACAAGGUGGUGUGCCGUUGACAACUGGUUUGAAGCGAAUAUUGCAGAUUUCGAGCCUUUGGAAAGUCAAGGGCCAAUGUCUAGGUGCCGGCUGGAUCAGCGGUCUUAUGUUAAACUCAUGAGAGCAAUGGAGAGACGGGGAUAUCGUGGUGAUAACAGCAAGUCUUGGGCUGAGAAGUAUCGUGAAAUCUUCGAGAAUGGUUUGGCUUAA